AUGUCUCGCCCGCCGUCAACCGCCUCUACGGCCACCACGGCCACAGCAAACGGUCAUUCGCGUACCUUGUCGGUCAAGUCAAUCCCCAAACCCCAAGUCGUGAACCCCAUAUCUACGCCGGAUAUUAGACUCUUCGUGACCAACUUGCGAUUACUGGAUUUCGAUUUGCGAGACGACUGGCCCGGCAUCACAGUACAGACUUUCUCUGCCAAGAAUGCAGACCAGCGACAGAGGAUUGGUGGGACUGAAUGGGCCUUGUUUCGCUUGUUCGAGAUCUGGGAUGCCAAUGAGACGGCCCAAAAACUCCAACCCUUCUUUCCACCACUCGAACCCCUCCAAUCGUUGAACCUCCGCGCUGCGCUAUUCCGAUGUCUGAACGAAUUGAAGAAAAACGGUGUCCUGGGACGAGAGUCUGUGCUCAGAAAGACUAUGUUGGACGAGUGCAAGGGCGACAAGUUCUACGAGAUAUUGGCCAUCUUCUCCAAUGCCGUCCUCAAGAAAGUUCUCGCAGCGCGGGAUGCAGGCCAUAUAGAUGCUGCAGUCGCGAGAAGACUGGCGACAGCGACGAUGCUCUCGAGCGAACAGCAACGUUCAUUACUGCCUCUCGCAAUCGCACACAAAGCGUCCCUAGUCAAUGUGCUGAGACGGAAAGAAGAGAAGAGGAAGCAAUACAUGGAGUUCCAUGGCCUUUUGGAUAAGAAAGCUGAAGAUGUAAAUCGCCGCAUACGCAAGACCAAAGACACACCCCACCCACAGAAACCGGCCGUGUCACAGAAAGAAGCCAAUGCCGUCAAGAAGCAACUCAAGGACAACUGGAUUGGGAACCAGAAGUGGUUAGAUGUAAUGCUGCGCGGUGACAAUGUCCAAGCGGAGGAUGCAUUCCUUACCAGUCGUUUUGACAAAGUCUGGCACAUGGUAGAAAAUGGCCGGAAGCUGGACGAGGUCGCGCCUGAGACUGGACUACUUGAAGAUCUACAGGCGAGAGUGCAUGAGCAACAAGAGAGAUUGCAAAAGUGGAAGGCUUUCCAUGAAGAGCUACAAAAGGAUGAAUCCGGCAAGGAGACAUCGGGAAGCGGACAGACAGCCGCGAAAGCAAAGGAUUUUAUGUUCGACGAUCACUCACAGUACCAGCUGCCAUCAGCGAAGCAUGCGAUGGAGUCCGCAAGAAUAAGGCGACCGGCUAUGCGAGCGGAGUUCCAGGACAUUCUAUCCCACAUGGACAGUGAGCUGGCUCGCGCUGUCACAGUCAGGGCUAGUGUCAGACCUUCAAUCAUACAUCAUAGAAGUACCUCAUCGGUAAAGACGGCUCGUCCGCCCCUACUCACCAGAAAAUCCACCCAGACGGAGGCGAUACGAAAGGCGCCAAUAGUUCCAGCCAAGCCUGUCAAACUACAGUCGCCUUCAAGACCAAACUCUUUGGACCAAAUUCCGAUCCUGCCUCGACCAUCACGACACCUCGCAUCGGCUGCAACACCAUCCGCAGAUUCUGAGGCUACGCUCAUCGGCAAUACAUCGGCAUCGAAUGCCACGAUUAACUACCGUGAUGAUUCGCCAACGGAAAUUGAUCAAGAAAGCACACCAGUAUCAGCGACUGUACCUCCAGCUUCCGAGCCAGCUGACGGGACUCGUUCCCCAGAGCCUACCAUUACUGAUCACUCUGAGCAAAGAACAGAAUCACCAGAUGAUCUGUCUAAAGCCUCACCGGAACGUACCUCUGAACCGCCAAUCCCAACCUUUGACCCACCAGAAGUCGAUGCCGAAGAGGCACUUGCGGACCAGAUCAUCAACUCUAUCGGUAAUGCAACCCCAUCUCCAGUCAAGAAACCCCAACCACGCAUGUCCCUCUCGCUCAUCGAACGUACACGCAUGACAAUGGCGCGAAGUCAAUCCUAUGAGUCUGUUCCAGAGUCGCCAGAUCUGCCGCUUCCGUCUAUGGGCCCGCCUGCGAUCCCCUCCAUCACGGGAGAUGAAGAUGGCGACCGACGUGCAACACUGGCAGAGCGCACCCGACAAACUAUGGAGGCUAUGCAAUCGAGAUCCCGCCCAUCCGAGACGGACACAGCAAAGAAAGAGAAACGCAAGUCCAGCCGCUCAUCCCUGUUCCCUGUCAACCAGUUCGAUACGCCACGGACUCGUAAAUCCUUCGAAAGCCUGGAGCAGGCCAAGUCGGAAAGUAUUGAGCGUACGCCGACAGAGCAGUUGUUUAGCGACGAGAUAGACUAUGACAGGGUGUUCAAAUCUAGACCGAGGAUUGCUACGAGUCCGGUUUGGAGUCCAGAUGGUGCUGCUGGUGGGCAAGAGGAGUUUGAUGAUGAGGAUCCGGAUGGUGUCACUGGUAUUGAUCUGGGAGAUGUGGAUCAAGAUGAUGAUGGAGAAGAACAAUUCAAAGAGACUUGGAUGGACAGCCCCAGUCAUAAGAGGGGGAUGAGAAGUAUGAAGUAUUAA